CAGAUUUCAUCAAUAAUUAGGUAUCCAAAAGAAGCUCUUUGUUUUUGUUUUUUUCCUUUUUGUUGCUUUGCUUUGCUUUUAUAGCUACAUAUAAUAUAAAUGACAUUUUUUGACAACAAAAGCAGAAAACAAGUAAAAAAAAAAAACCCAUUUCACAUCUAUACUAUUUCCUUCCAUAAAAAAACAUGAAGAUCAGAACAAGAACUCAAAUUCUUCUCAUAUUCUGCCUUGCCUUGGGCAUCGUUUUCUUGUCACUAUAUCAACCUGAACGUUUUGCAGGGCUUGAGUAUGAUGUUCGUGUUAUCAAUGGCUUCACUAACAACUCAUCGUUGCCUCUAGUUAUUUGGUGUACUUCUAACGGAGAUGAACUCGGAGGCCGAGCUCUUCAAGAAGGAGACGAUUUCAGUUGGAGUUUGAGGACGAAUUUCUGGGGUUCUAAUAAUUAUUUGUGCACAAUGAAAUGGGAUGAAAGGAGAAGAAAAUUCGAUGCGUUUAAGGUUCCUAGGGAUAUUUAUCGGUGCAGUCUUUUCAGGAGAUGUUCUUGGUUGGUAAGAGAAGAUGGUUUUUAUUUUAGUAAUGAUGAAGUAAACUGGAAGAAAGACUUCUCUUGGUUGUAAUCUUUCCAUGCUUUUGACUCCUUUGAAAUUCCAAAUUUUGUACCCCUUUUAGUGAUUAUUAUACAUAUGUUUUCUUCCCA